AUGGAUCUUAGCGGCCGAGGAGACCCGUCGCCGAUGCCUCACGCGGAAGACGACGAUAUUCAGGAUCUGAUAGAAUCGCUAAUUUCCAGUUACAAGUUUGGGAUCCCCGAAUCCUCUGAAAGAAACGGACCAUCUCCGCCUCCGGAACCAGUGACGGAGCGGCAAGCAGAAGACGUCCAUUCAAAUAUAGAGCCGAUAAACACCCCCCCAUCGAUUGCAGAGCUAAGGCAACAAUGCGUUUUGGCUUUCGAAACCUGUGUGCACUAUGAGAGCCUUAUGAAUCAUCAAUGGGCAGAGAAUCGCUUCGCUGACUUCAAUCUCUCCGUUGAGGGCGUUGGCGCUCUUUCUGAGUCCGGAGCAUCUCCCGAUUCUUGCUUCGAGUCCGGACAGGAUGAUAUGGCCCUGGUUCAAAAUGCUCUAACAAUGCUCAAGAAUUUCCUUGCCGAAUGUAUUAGCUGUGCAAAGGAGCGGUCCAGCACCGAUGCGGCCACAGAGAAAGUGGACUCGUCACUCGAGAAAUUAGCUCUAAUAGUGGCUGCCAUUAGGAAAACUGGCAUGCGAUCACGCCUUGCGCGGGAUGGUAGAUUUAAGCUUAAAGAACAUGAAGAGCUGGCGGCGUUUUUGAGGGUUAUAUGUUUGCGACGGAAUACGAGUAACAAAUUUGGCAUCGAAGUCGGUAAAGAAGACCGAAAAGACGUUUUCAAAUUUGAGAGACUAUCAACCCAGGAGAUCAUAAAGAUUUCAGAGGAGGUCCAGCUAUCCAAGGCUCAACAACGCCUCAUUGAGGUGAAUUUACGUCGAAGAAAUCGCUUCUUACAGGCACAAGAGCAUUCGAAAAAUUUAAAAGCCUGCCAAAACGGGAAACAGGAAAUUGUUGGCAACACUCGAGUGGAGUUGGACCGUGGGACACAGCGACUCCCCAACAUGAAGCCUCUUUCACCAGAAAAUCCAGAAAGGAACUCAACACGGGGCCUUGCCCAAAGACAAAUUCAGCCUACCCCUACUGCCGCAGAGACCAAGGCACCCACAGCUGAAGGCAGCUUUCAGGUUCGGAGAGCCAAAAGGACAGCUUCGCAGCCUGCCAUGACGGUCAUGUCGGCCAUUACGGCCAUUACGGCACUCACUGCCGCAGCUCAAUAUCCCAAAGCACCGGAUGUGUGCCAGAAAUCAACAAUGUUCAAGUGUCCGUGUUGCUGCCAAACUCUCCCUGCUAAGUUUGGCACUGAUAAGGACCUGUGGAAGUACCGCUCCUGA